AUGGGGAAGACCAGGAAAUGGCUUAGAAACUUGUUGAUGUCCCGGAAGAAACACAAGGACAAAGCCAAGAGAGAAUGUGAAGCUUCUCAGAUUGCUUCCAGUGAUGCCUCUCAAAUUCCAACCCCAAAAGAGAAACGAAGAUGGAGUUUCCGUAGGCCAUCAGAUUCCAAGCAACUCAAUUCUGCAGAAACCAAUGUGACUGCCUCACCGACACCACCACCACCACCAGAAGCCACCUCGGAUACUGAUCAGAAUUUGCAGAACAACCACUUCGCUAUUGUCACCACUCACAAUAUCACAGUUCCAAGCACUGAAGAUGAUGCUGCUAUCAGAAUUCAAUCUGUUUUCCGGUCUUACUUGGCAAGAAAAGCAUUGAGUGCUCUAAGAGGAAUAGUGAAGUUGCAGGCAUUAGUGAGGGGACAUUUGGUUAGAAAACAGGCUUCGGCUGCUCUAAGAUGCAUGGAAGCUUUGUUGACAGCACAAGCCAGAGCGUGGGCUCAGAGGAACAGAAUGACGUCAGAAGCAAAAUCUAAUCAGAGACACUUAAAUCACCCCAGAAAAACACAGGAGAGCUUGAUAAGACCUGUGUAUGACUAUGAUGAAACUGACAUGGAAUCGCAAGAGAACAUAAGAAUUGUGAAGGUGGAUGUUUCUGGAUCAAAAGACAACGGCAGAAGCAGAAACAACACCAUAAAUUACACUCAUUACAAUAGUUCUGAGCACAGUUUUUCAACAUAUUAUCACCCACAUGGUUCAUACUCAAAAGAAGAAAACCUCAAGGUAUCUCCAGUCCCAUCAGCACAGAGCAGCCCUGCAUCAUCAAAACCUGAUGAUAAGAAGCUUCCUUUUACUUCCCCAGGGACCUCUCACAAUCCAUCAGUCCCAAAUUACAUGGCCUACACGGAAUCAUCGAGGGCCAAAUUCCGAUCACACAGUGCACCCAAGCAAAGACCAGACACACUUGAGAGGCAAUUAAGCCGUCCUAGAGCUUCAGUGGAAGCAAGAAACACUGGCCACAGACCAGUAAUGAAGAUGAGAAGGUCAUCUUCACAUGUAAAUUCUAGUGCUCAACACUACCAAUUCCCAAGCACAAUCAAGCUUGACAGGUCCGCUAUUUCACUGAUAGAAAGUGAGUGUGGUUCUUCCAGCACGGUUCUCACAAACACUCAAUAUUGCAGAUCUCUUGUUUCAUAUGAUCCUCAUGAAGAUAGGUGCUACUGACAGUGCACUUUCUAGGCUUCUACAGCGAGAACAGAGUGUUCCUGAGUUUUGGCGCUACAGUUGAACUGUGUUCUUACAAAUCCAUGGAAAUUGUAGUGAAGUUUAACUUAUGUGGACUUGUUUAUUCUAUUUUAUCACUUGCAACUUGGAUAGCAAACAGUGUUUAGCUAUUGAAAUUAUGUAAUUAACUGUUAGAUUUGUUCUUUAUGAUAAGUAAAGCUAGUUAAAAUGAAAUAAAUUAU